UUCAUUAGAAGAACGGAUUUCCAAGCUUGUAGCUGAGAAUGAUAUACUUAGACGGGAAGAUACCGAGAUCAAGUUUGAGAACAAUGAACUUAAAGCUGAGAACGUAAAAUUAAAACAAGCUUUGGAAGAACAUGAAUCCAGAUUUGCGAAACUGGAGCAGAACGAUAAAGAUACUGCUGUUGAAAAUGCUGAGCUUAAAGUUAGAGUUGCGAAAUUAGAACAGAAGCAAUCGAAAACCGAUGAAAAGAACAACUUUAUUAUUAAAUCAGAUGAUGAUGCCAAGGAAAUCAAUCAAUCUUCAGUCUGCGAAGCAGGAUACCCAGUAUCUAAUACCAUCUCUACCAAAAUGAAAAAUUCUAACGAUACUCCGGCAUCUAAUAUAUCUGAUAAUACUUCAAAUUCUGAUGUAGCUCCUGAACAAAUAGAAAAUAGUUCCAAUAUCACAUCCGAUUCAUAUAUAAUCCAGGAAAAGGAUAGCCGAUCUUCCACAUCUCUUAUUCCUAUAGAGAAUGGCAAUACAUUAGAAGAGAAAGCAAUUGACAAAUUUCUGGAUUCAAAGCAUAGAGAAACGGUUAGAUCUUCCUUGAGUGUAAAAGGUGGGCAGGGGUUGAUCCAAGAAUUAUUUACUCCAGAGCCGUCUCUACAAGAAUCGAAUAUAAUUCAAAACCAUGUGAUUGAAAUUUCUGAGACCGCCGGUCCCGGAAAAUCUAACAUUGAUGAAGCAUCGCAACAUCUAGCUCAGUUAUGUGAUAAAGCUUUUGAUGCUGAGGAUGGUGCAAAUAGAGCUAACCAAGAAGAAAUCUUAUGUUGGUCCAUCUAUGGAAAGGAUUUCAGGAAAUAUCGCGGGAUGCUUUACGCAAAAAAACUCAGAGCUGAGAAAAUUUAUAUAUUAUUCGAAAAAAUAGGCCACGAUAAAAUCAAACACAUCAAAUCAUAUAGUGCGAAUUCCAUUUCAAAGCUUACUAAUAAUCAAAUUCAAGAGAUUAUAAAUUAUUCUUGUCAGAACGUCGAUACAGAUAAUGCAAGACAUCAAAUUUCGUCCGAAAAUACCGAAAUUUCUGAGACCGCCGGUCCCGGAAAAAUCUCAUCUGAAAUAAAGACAGGUAAUAUAACCACUCCCUCUAUCUCAUUGUCUCAUACGCCUAAUUCGGAAGAUAAGAUAAUUGAGAAAGUUGAAUCUUUACCAGAAACCGGGACCAAGGUAAGUAUAUCUAUUGAACCCGUUUCCGCUGUUUUAGAAAAAGUUCCAGAAACCGAGGGAAAUGUGGGUCUUGAAAGGCAGAAUUUGGUAUAA